AUGGUUGGCAAGAGAAGUGUAAAGGCAGCUGAAAUUCGAGGUUAUAUAAAGACUCGAUGCCAGCUUAGCGUAUCAGCGAAGGAGAUUUUUGACGAAUUGUGUGUUGUUCAUGGACAGAAUGAAGUGUCGUAUGCCACCGUCACGAGGUGGAUUAAGAAGUUUAAUAGCGGUUGUGACUCCAUUAAUGUGCACCAAAUUCGGGACGUCCUUGUAGUGCUACUUCUAACACUAUGGUUAACAAAUGGCAUGGUUUACACAGCAUACAUCGUCUCGUUUAUGCUUCGUCACGUGGCAAUUCCUUUUGUGUUGUUUGUAACGUGCAAGACUCUCUGGAAGUGGUACGUCACAAGCACGCGUGAUAGUACGUGCAGCCUGCCACUGCCACCUGGCGGAUACGGUUUGCCAUUCAUUGGGGAGACUAUCCACAUGCUGAUAUUAGGAAAGGCUUACUUUGAAAAUAGACGAAAAGAGUACGGAGAUGUCUACAAGACCCAUCUACUUGGAAAACCCACAAUACGUGUUAUUGGAGCUGAAGGUGUAAAACAAAUAUUGCGAGGUGAAAACACUAUCGUGCAGACACAAUGGCCGGUUAGCACGUGUAUUUUACUUGGUGAAGGUGCUAUAUCACAUGCAGUUGGUGAUAGCCAUAUCACAAAGAAAAGAGCAAUAAUGAAGGCGUUCACGUUUGACGCACUUUCUCGAUAUCUUCCGGUUAUACAAGAAACAACUCGGAAGUACAUACGUAGAUGGUGCCAAACGAAGAGGAUUCUGGGCUAUAAACAAUUUAAGACUAUGAACUUUGACCUUUCUUGUCGGCUUAUGAUAGGUUUCCAGGGCAAUGAGACAGAAUGUCAAAACCUAAUGCAGAUAUUUGAAACGUUCAUAUCAAAUAUUUUCUGUAUUCCAGUGGAUAUCAAAGGCUCUGGAUUCAGGAAGGCACUGCAAGCUAGAGACAUUCUACUUCAGAAAAUCGAUGAAGUCAUUCAAGACAGACAAGGUCAUGAAGACGCUGAUGCCUCUGACGUGCUUACGACUAUUCUAAACGCAAGAAGUUCACAUGACCUCACAAUUAGCGGAGUGAAGAACUUCUGUCUGGAACUCCUUUUUGCUGGGCACGGAACUACCUCUAGUGCGGCAGCAUUUCUUGUUUAUGUGUUGGCAAAGCACCCAGAAGUCGUAAGAAAAUUGAAGGAUGAAUUUGAAGCGUUUGGUGUUCUUGAUGAAACAAAUAUAGACACUGACCUUAAGAAGCUGAACAAAAUGACCUACCUCAAUAACGUGGUGAAGGAGUUGUUACGACUGAGUCCUCCAGUUGGCGGUGGAUUCAGAAAAGCGAUUAAAACCUUUGAAGUAAAUGGUUAUCAAGUUCCAAAAGGAUGGGCUGUCACGUACGCCAUACGAGACACCCAUGAGGUGUCAGAACACUUUGAAGAUGCGACUGAAUUUAAACCUGAGAGAUGGGAAAAUUUCUUUGUGAAAAACAAUCAAUUCUUGUACCUGCCAUUUGGUGGAGGUCGUCGCGCAUGCGCAGGAAAAGAUCUUGCAAGGCUUAUGCUAAAGAUAUUUGCUUUGGAGCUUGUGAAAGGAUGUGAGUGGUCACUAGAAAACGACAUUGCUGAGUUUGAAACGUUUCCUAUGCCGCAUCCAAAAGAUGGCUUACCACUACUGUUUAAAUCAUCAGCACAAUAUUCAGAGAGUUAG